CAACCAGAAAGAAUGAGCAUAUUCCUCUCACUGUACCUAAUUGUAACCCUUCACUGCGAGUAAAUUUUUUUUUUUUUACUGAUCCUGUUCAAUUAUCUUAUCAUGUCCUCAUCUGUCGCCACUCGCUGUAUUUAACUGUUAAUUUCAAUUUCCACCGCCAUAUCCAACCCCUCUUCUCAUGUAUAAAAGACGAGCCUUUCCACGACCUCAGACUGCUCUUGUCAUUUCUUCUUGUUCUUAAAAAAGAACAGUGAUGGGUAGCUUAGAGGAGGACGAGCUGGUUCGGAUGGUACGAGAUUUCAUUGAGUCUGAAUCUCCCUCCCCCGCAAUUUCUUCUUCCUCGAACUGUCUCGCGUUGAACCAUCAAACCCAGUAUUUUCUUCUGCAGGAUGUUCUCAGGAGCGAGACAUCGUCCGAGGCUAUGGUUCUGAGGCAUGUGUUGAAGCAUAUGAAGGGAAGAAGAGACACUAAGAGAACCUCAAGUCUGAGGAAGUGGCUUGUCAAGAACCUCAAAAUCGAUGGCCUUCAUGCUUCUCUGUGCCAAACAUCCUGGUCCACUUCCUUAGGCUGUCCAGCUGGUGAAUAUGAGUUUAUUGAAGUGAUAAAUGAAGAUGAGAAUGGUAGAAGAGAGAGGCUAAUAGUAGACAUAGACUUCAGGUCUCAGUUUGAACUAGCAAGGCCUACACAAGACUACAGAGAAAUGAUAGAUUCAGUGCCAGUAAUAUUUGUUGGAAAUGAAGACAGGUUGUGUAAGAUAAUCUCCUUGUUGUGUUCUGCAGCCAAACAGUCCCUUAGACAGAAAGGUCUUCAUGUUCCUCCAUGGAGAACAAAUGGUUACAUGCAAUCAAAAUGGCUUUCUGGGUGUCACAAAGAGACUGAGAAUCCAAGAAAGGAUUAUAGAGUAGCAAGAGAUCAAAGUGGUUGUGGUGAUGAAACUGGCAAGUGGGUCCCUCCAAUGGUGAAGCCUAAGAAAAUGGAUAUGGCUUCUGCUGGUUCUGCCUUGUCUUGUCAAUUCUCCAACAUGAGCUUGAAUUGUUGCAACGUCUAAUUGCAGGGUUAUUAAAGCUUCAGCUUUGGGGUCUGAGUUUGGAAAUUCCUCUUGUUUCUUGUAGAGUGCAAUCAAUUUUGUCUCUAGACAUUAUAACUCUGGAAGUUUUGUUUAUAUUCCAAAAUAAAAGUUACUAUGUCUCAUUGGGAUGGUAA